CAGUUUUCAGCAUUCGGAGAAGCCAGACCGGGCGCGUUCAGUGCGCAAGUCUCGCAAAACGAGGUUGGCACUAGGCAAAAGAUGAGCAAACAAAAUGGCCCGGAGGCGUCGCCGACCUCCCCACAGUCCGCGUCAUCAGUGCCCAGGGAGAAAUCCUUUGGAGCAAUGUCGGCCGGGGUCACCUCCGUUGGUGCAAAGUCUGAGGGCGAGAAGUCCAAUGGCGGCAUGUCGGUGAAGUCGGCGCUCUCUGGGACAUCGCCGAACGGUACCCGCAAGGAUAGAAAAGGCAACACCAUCAAGAAGGGCCAGACCAGCAGCCACAAAUUGACCUUCGCCGAUCAGCUGGGCAAUAAGGAAUCGCUCACCGAGGUUCACGAGGUCAACGACCUGUGGGGCGACCGCGGGCAGAAGGGCUGCAAUUGCGUCAUCUCUUGAGGUGUGGGCCCUUUACAGGCUCGGCCCUGGAGUGCCUCAGGCUGGGUUCCUGGAGCAACCCAUGUGCUGCGCAAUGGCAUGAGAAUGCACUGCAGACGUGCAGGCCUUCUUCAAGAAUAGUGAGGCCCAACAAUGGUGCCCGGCAUGAGCGAUGGAAGCGCACAACUCAUAUUCACUGGAUGUUGGGA